UAAUACGUUCAUCAAUUGGAUUUGUAGUUUUUCACUGGAUAAUGACUCUAGGUAUUGGUUGGGUUCUCCUAUGGCAAUGUUAAGUAGGAUGUCUCCUUUGAUUGAUUCAGAUAGUGUUGUCAUUGAGUUGGCUU